UGGAGCCGCUCAUUUGCUAUGAUCUCUAAAGGAGUUUCUAUGUUUUAGUUUGUGUUUUGCUGAGGAGCAACACCAUAUGGACUUGGCAUCAGUUGCAGGUUGCGCCACUUCAUAGUUUUUGUUUUUUGAAGUUGCUUUUAAGUUUUAAUCAUGCUGAAAAAUAAUGGGAAAAAGACAGCGAUCUCAGUAGCCUGCACGGGAUGCCUCUGCCUGCUGCUGCUGCUGCUGGUCGCUGUGCAGCAUCACCGCGUCCAGGUGGCCGAGGAGACGGACGGAGAGGACGCAGUUGCGCGCUCUGCGCCGGAGGACAGCUCACGGCCCGCCCAGGAUAAGAAAGGAUUCUCGACCUACUUCACCAAGCUGGCCCGGGGCCGCAGAGAGGUGGAGAAGCCCGCACGGACCUCAGCCGCCGCCUCGGACCCCCCUCCGGCUGAGGACAUCAGCGCGGCUGAUAUCUUCGUUGCCGUGAAGACAACCAAGAAGUUCCACCAGUCUAGGCUGAACCUGCUGCUGGAGACGUGGAUCUCUAGGAACAUGCAACAGACUUACAUCUUUACAGACGGCGAAGACGAUGAGCUAAAGAAGAAAAUCGGAAGUCACGCAAUCAACACCAACUGCUCUGCCGCUCAUAGUCGGCAAGCUUUGUCCUGCAAGAUGGCGGUAGAAUACGACAAGUUUAUUGAGUCAGGAAAAAAAUGGUUCUGUCACGUAGACGACGAUAACUACGUGAAUGUUCGGACUCUUGUGAAGCACUUGUCUCAGUACCCCCACACCCAGGAUUUGUACAUCGGUAAACCAAGUCUGGACCGGCCGAUAGAGGCCACAGAGAGGCUGGGCGACAACAAAAUGAAACCAGUCAACUUUUGGUUUGCCACGGGAGGAGCUGGCUUCUGUGUGAGCCGGGGUCUGGCACUGAAGAUGAGCCCGUGGGCCAGUGGCGGUCACUUUAUGAACACAGCAGAGAAGAUCCGUCUGCCCGAUGACUGCACCAUCGGCUACAUCAUUGAGUCUGUUCUGGGAGUUCCUCUGACCCGAAGCAGCUUGUUUCACUCCCACCUGGAAAACUUGCAACAGGUGUCCCGAUCUGAGAUUCACAAACAGAUCACUCUCAGUUAUGGGAUGUUUGAAAAUAAAAGCAAUAUCAUCAGCUUGAAAGGGGCUUUUCCUGUAGAGGAGGAUCCAUCAAGGUUCAAAUCUGUGCACUGUCUGCUGUACCCAGACACUCCAUGGUGUCCCCCUCAGGUUGCCUUCUAGGGUGACCGCUCCUUUCUCAUCCUCGUCCCCGUCGCGCCUCGGUAUCUGAAACGCUCACGGGGACCAGUGUUUUUUGCGUAUGAGACCGUGUUGCUGCUGCAUUGACGCCGCAGCAGUGCAUGGUCUGGAAUUGUUUUACUAGGCUGCUGUGCGGCCCGUCUUUGGACUCUUUUCUUCCUCUCUGGGGCCACAACUCCACCCCAUAACGCUGGGGCGGAGGAGUUCGUCUGUCAGAAGGAAGUAGCUUUUGCCAUUUAGCUUUGCAGGCAAUCACUUGUGCUUUUUGUGAUGUAAAUGUUGCUUGUAAAUGCAUCAGAAAUUCUCAUAGAAUGUAUUCUCAUAUAUUCAAGCCUUUUUGCCAGCACUCUAUUUUUUUCUGUUAAAAACUGUAAUGCCACUCAGGUCUGUUUUUGGCUUAGAGAUAUUUUAUAACGUGAACAUUUUUCUUCCUGACAUGUGCAUUCAGUUCUAGUCUAAACGACUCCGGAAAAAUGCUCUGAGAUGAAGAUUUUGCUGUAAUUUUACAUGAACAGUGUUACUUUUCCCACAACCUGAGCUGGCAGUUGGCAGAUUUCCAAAUGCAUUUUUUUCUUUGAGGGACCUAAUCUGAAGUAUGUCAGAACAAAGCACUUUCCACCCCUUAUCUUAGAAAAAGAAAGACUUUUUUAUGAUUAACUGACCAAGUUUAUGUCCUUUUACGACAUACUUUAGAUUUGAUUCCAAAGAGAACAAAAAUAACCCCCUAAGAGUCUAACUUCCCUAUUCAUGUCUAUGUAUUUAAUAACACUCCUUGCAUUAGUUACAAUCAGGGAAAAGCAAUGAGUGGAAGAGAUUGUGUUUCGGGGGGAGGGAGUUACAAUCUGCUUUGAAAAGGUUUUAUGUUGUUUAAGAAUUGCACAGCUGUGUUUCAAAUGACCUGACGUCUGCACCUCACCUCUACAGGCCCACUCACAGCGGAGAAGUACUGGCUAAAACAGCCAAGAAACGGCAACAUCUGCUCGUAUAAUCCACGCUGCAGUCUACUGUGGCUUGCACAGAAAGCAUUAGGAGUUUAUCUGUUAUUGUCAGCACAAUUGGUCCUUAUUUACACACAAAUCCAGCUGGUUAUUGUUGAGGUGAGAGCAGCGUCAGUGUUUCCACAUGGAGGUGUUUUGAUCCCUCUGUGUCCUCUCUCACCCAUAUUGGGUUUCAUCUUUAUGGCGGUAUUGUAUACUGCACCUUUGUUUAAAAGAGUAGCGAUUGUGUAUGCUUAGAAUGUAACGUUCUCAUCGUGGUUUACACCAAUUUUAAAUGACUUGGCCAGGGUUUGUGUUCUUUUUUUGGUAUUGCCUUGAACUGUACUACAUGACUGGUGUUUAUUCUCCAGUAUCUGGAGGGUUUUAGCAGUUCAUUCCCACAUCUGACUUCUCAGGGAUUAUGAGCUGAUCCUGGUAUUAACCGCCAAGGGACCCACGGUGGGACCCGAAAAGUUGAAUAAAAGUGCAUAACCACUGGGAACCUUUUACACAGUUGUCAUGUUGUUACUUUAGUUUCGUCAGAGUUUAUAUAGAAUUGCUUUUUUUUAAAAAUCUAGCUGCAGGAAAGUUUUAUGUAAACAUGGGAGCAAGUUGAUGCAAAACCAGAAGUGGUGUCUCAUACCCAAGGGGAAGCUGUUAAGUAUAAUAUUAAACAAUCUAGUUGAAUUUUAUUUUUCUUCUCGCUUGACAUGUAUUUACUUCUCGGUAUGCAUUUACAGUUGGACUGUUGUUUCUGCCAAAUUUGCAUAAAAAAACACUUUAAGUUAAAGGAACAGUGUGUAAUAAUUACUGACAUCUAGUGAUCAAGUUGAAGAAAGCAGGCAUGCUAACCAUUGCAAAACUCUUAAAAUAAAUUACGUUUAAAUUUAGUAACAGUUAAAACAUAUAUAAUAUUUCUGUGUUUGAAUAUCUGCACAGUUUGUGUAUAAUUUUUGUACCAGUAUAAUUAUAUUUGUUAACACUAUUAGGUCCUCUAAAUGUACAGGCAUAUCUUCAUCAGGCAAUGUUACGGCAUAACACUAGAAUGACAUGAGUUAGUUAGUAUAAAAUAAAAUAUCAUCUACUAAUGGAUAGACUUUGAAUAAAGCCACCCAAAUGAAUCAAAAACCUUAGAAUACAAUAACGUUAAGCUGAAACACAGAGGACAUGGUUUCAUGAUCCUUCAAAUAUAAUUCAAGAUGAACUAUAAAUGUACAAAUAUGGAUCCAAUAUAUCCAUAUCUAUCCAAUAUAAUAGAAAAGGAAGGAAAAACAAAUACAAUUUACUGCACAUCAACAAGAGAAACAUGUUAUAUUAAAAACAUUUUAUAUAAAUUUCUACUAAAAUGCUGUAUUGGCAAUAUACUGUAACUGUAAGAGAAAGUCUCUAAGUUUUCCCACUUAAACUUCUGGGAUAGAUUUAUAUAAACAAUAAUCAUGAUCCAGUGUUCCACAAAAAUGAUUAGAGAUAAACUCCUAAAACAAAUAACUGCUGCAGGAAGCUGGGGGGAUGGCAGGGUCUUUGCCAGAACAGCAACAGUCCAUAAACCUAAACAUCAUUAAACAUGUAUGAAGAACUGUGCAAAUCCCGGAACUAGAUGGCUUUUGCUGGAGAAAUCAGUCAAAAACCCAAACAACAGCAAAGAGACUCUGAGCUGGCUGCAAAGACUGUUUGUUUUGGGAAAUUGUGACACUACAGAGGGCAUUUGUUCACUGGUUUACCGGGUAAGCACAUAGAAGACUUUAACACUAAUAUUUUAAAGCAAUAAUACAAAAAAAAAAGAAAAAAUGAUAAGGUGCUUCACAGGAAAUGGGAGUAGCUGGCCGAUGCACAGCUGAAGAUUCAUCAUCAAAGCAAUGCAUGGGAGACAAAUUACUUGCAGCAAACAUCCUAACCACAAACCAUAAUCACAGCUUUGUCCUUCAGAGAUGUACAGUGGGAAAGAAGCUAAAGCCUUUCAAGUGUUUGCAGCUCAUGUUCAAACAGUUUUUCUAUGUGUUGACUCAUAGAAAGUUUUAAAUGUGAACAAAAACGUUUGCCUCAUCAUUGUAUCAAAUUUGCGAAAGAAAAAAGAAAUCAAGGCAUCUUCUACGGCUUGUUUCAGAGACAAAUGUGUUUUACAAACAGAAGGAAGAGAGAGAUUUGUCCUCUGGCACAGAAACCCUGGGAAACACAGCAUGUGGCUUAGGUAUGACAGUCUUUGGAUGUAAAAACAGUAAUCAGAUAAAAAACAGUGUGAUAUUUGCUUACAAAAGAGAAGAGUUUUUAUAUAAACAACAAAACAUGCAUGUCUUGGUCUAAUCUACCUCUAAUCUUUAUAAUCUCCCAUUCUAAACAACAUUUUAUAUAGUUUUAUUCAUCUUAAGUUGCUAUAAAACAAAGAAAUAAGAUAUGUGAUAGCUUUGGACCGAUUGGUGAUCCCUUGACAUCAAUAAUCUGUCAAACACACAAACAUCUGCGAGCAGCUUUGAAUGCAUAACAGCCGUUACAUGAUUAUUGUCCUUUGGUGGUUUUCCACUGUUUAUCUUCCCUGCAGUGUUGUUUGCUAUUGCAAUUAAGGCUGUUUCCAUACCAGCUGCGAAGUAAUCCAGCCUGACUGAGCUUUUAAGCACAAGCUAUUAGCAUUUUCAGUUUGUACACCGAGCUCAGGCCACGUUUUUUUCUCAUCACGGCUUGGACAGAAGACUGAGAGAGAGGAGCCACUCACUGGAAAUGAUUUAUGAUUGGCUAAUUUGUGCCCCUUAUGCAGUGGAUCUCAAAGAUAUACACACACGCAUGUGAAAUUGCUGUUUAUGUUGCGCAAAAGGGGAUAAUUUUGAAAUGCUUUGUUUAUUUUGUAAAAACGUUUGCUGAUCUUGACCUGUGAAAGUUGUACUUACUUACCUGUGAAUCUGCACCUAAUAAACUGAUUAGAAUUUAAGAGU